AUGAACGAUUUUGAAGAACCAAUCUAUUCUCAGCGACUCAAAUCUGAUCCAGAUCUGGAAUGUCAAUCUGACCGAAAAGCAAUUCAUCUCAUUGUUGGAUUCAUUCUUGUACUUGCUCUCGGAGCUGCCACCAUAUCCGGAUACUCAAUAAUUCAACUCGAACGAUCCGAGUUGCCCUCGGAACAAUCCGAGGUGGAGAAAUCCGUUCAUCUUGAAACUUAUAGUGAGAGUCGAAGUCUGGAGGCUUUACAAGUGAUUAGUGCCGAAAGGAUAGCUGAAUCUUGUGCAAAGAGUUGGCACUACGAUAUGAAACAUCAAAUGUGUUAUAAGAAAAUCUACAACGUCGCUUAUGAUGAUGCGUUGCGGAGAUGCGCUCGAAUGGGAGCACACAUUGUUAAGAUUGAUAAUCAGCAGAAGAAUUCGAUUAUUAGAGAGUUCACAAGUUCCGGAUUGCCGAAUGAUCUCAAAUCGGGAAACGUGCUGCUUGGAGCAAGGAAAAAGAGAACCUACUUUGUUUGGGAUGAUGGAAGUCAAUUUUCCUAUCAUCGAUGGGCGGAGAAUGAGCCGAAUAAUCGUUGGGGAGUUGAGGCGUGCAUAGCGAUGUACAGUGAUCCAAUAAUCGGUUUGGAAGAUUUGAGCAAUGAUUAUAUUUCUCGAUGGAAUGAUGUCCCUUGUGAUCAAGCACAACGAAUUACUGUUUGCGAAAAAAGGGCACAGAUUCAAAAU